GCCGAAUGAACCCCUUGGGAAGCCUCUGGAUUAUUUAUAGACAACCUUAAUAUCAACAACACCUUCAUCGGUGUAUGGGCCUAUAUUUGAGUCUUUAUCGAAAGAUUUAGAAGGACGAGGAGGAACCAUGACCAUGGAUCACUGGAUGAGGGAUCUGCCAAGUGAAUUGCGCGACCUGUCCAUCAUCAAUCUGGCUAUUCCAGGUGCCCACAAUGCGAUGACAUAUGGCAUAAAUAGCAAGUCUGAACUAUCGCCAGAUGCGGAAACUUCCAUUAGGCGAUGGCAUCGCUUCUUUCCCUGCUUCGUCCGCCGUUGGAGCAAGACGCAAUCCUCUGGGGCAUUGGAGCAACUGGAGUUGGGCGUGCGGUACUUUGAUCUAAGGAUAGCCCAGAAAGAUGAGAAGUUUUACUACUGUCAUGGCCUCUUCGCCAUGGAGAUUUUCGAGCCGCUUUUAGAGAUUCGCCAGUUCGUGGACUCCCAUCCAGAGGAGGUGGUAAUCCUAGAUCUACAGCAUUUUUAUGCCAUGACAGUGGCUCAUCACCAGCAGCUGCACAAGGAUCUGAUCCAGUUCUUCGCACAUCGUCUGUACUCCACGGUAGAUGGUUCCCUCAAGAAUUGUACUCUGAAUAGAUGUUUAGAAAUGCAGCGCAGCGUGGUGGUCAUCUAUAGGCGAUGUCCCAUUCCGCUGCCGCUGAGAUUCUGGCCCAGUUAUGCGUGGCCCACGCCGUGGCCCAAUAAAGCGAGUGUCAAGAAGCUGCAAUCCUUUCUGGAGGACUCCCUACUCUCGCGACAGCCCCAACAGGGUUAUGUCUCCCAGUGCCUAAUCACGCCCACAGGCCGCUAUAUCGCCUUCCGGCUCUUCUUCACCCUAAAGAGCACAGCAAAACGGGUGGACAAGAAGCUACAGCCUUGGAUUCAGGAACAGAUUCCUGGUCCCUUUAAGCCAAACGACGAGCCCAGGGUAAAUGUGUUUCUGGCCGACUUCGUUAACCUCAAGGAUGGACAGUUCUGCGAUUGGGUAGUGAACCUAAACACAAAAUUACUGGAGCAAUUGGCUGGGGAUAGGGAUCUGGAGUCCACUUGAAAGCGUGGUAAGGGAGGGGCCCAAAGAUAAAGAAUUCCACUAUUGUGGGGAAGACCGAAGAAAGGGAAGGUUAUUAGCUUGUUGUAGUUUUAAUAUUUUUAUAAACCAAUAUUUGGAUUUUGCCACAACGCAUGAUACAAAGUUGUUCAAAACCCGUGAUAAGCUUUUGAAGAGGCAAUUUUUUAAAAACCAGAGCAUAUUAAAAAUCAGUUAUGUACAAGCUUGAUUUGAAUAUUAAGUUAUGAAGGACCAGAAAAAAAAUGAAAAUGCUUAGAACCAGCUAAACCAGUGGUUUAUUUGAUAAACGAUUUGUAAAUUGUUUUAUGACACCGCCGCAUAAAAUGUUUUUUU